AUUUCUGUCACCCAGCCCCCUGUCCUCUCUCCCUCCCUCCCUCUCUCUCUCCCCCGGUAGUAGGCCCGAUCCCCGGGAUGUCGUGCCCGGCUGGCCGCCCCGUGCUGCGCGUUGUCCGGCUUGGCUUGGUGCCUUACCCCGAGGCCGUGCGGGUGCAGCAGCGCUGGGCCGUGUCCGUGUCCCCCCGGGAGGUGGCGGAGGCCGGGUCCGUGUCCCCCCAGGCCGGUCCCCGGGGCGCGGUGAUCCUGUGCGAGCACCCGGCGGUGUACACGGUCGGGGUCCGGCGGGGGCUGUACCCGGGGCCGGAGGAGGACAGGCUGCGGGGGCUCGGGGCCGACUUCCAGCGCACAGACCGGGGCGGACUCAUCACCUUCCACGGGCCCGGACAGCUGCUCUGCUACCCGGUACUGCACCUCGGCCCGCUCCGCCGCUCCCUGCGGGAGUACGUGGCCGGCCUGGAGCGAGCCGCCAUAGGCCUCUGCCGGAGCCUCGGGCUGGCGGCGGACAGGACCCCGGAGACAGGGGUGUGGGUCCGGGGGAGGAAGAUCUGCGCCAUCGGUGAGAGACAUCACACUAUAUUAAUAAUAAUAAUAAUAAUAAAUCAUAUAAUAAUAAUAUAUAAUAUAGACAGGGGGGGGGGUCUGGGGGAGGAAGAUCUGCGCCAUCGGUGAGAGACAUCACACUAUAUGAAUAAUAAUAAAUCAUAUAAUAAUAAUAAUAAUAAUAUAGACAGGGGGGAGGAGUGUGGGUCCGGGGGAGGAAGAUCUGCGCCAUCGGUGAGAGACAUCACACUAUAUUAAUAAUAAUAAUAAUAAUAAAUCAUAUAAUAAUAAUAUAUAAUAUAGACAGGGGGGGGGGUCUGGGGGAGGAAGAUCUGCGCCAUCGGUGAGAGACAUCACACUAUAUGAAUAAUAAUAAAUCAUAUAAUAAUAAUAAUAAUAAUAUAGACAGGGGGGAGGAGUGUGGGUCCGGGGGAGGAAGAUCUGCGCCAUCGGUGAGAGACAUCACACUAUAUUAAUAAUAAUAAUAAUAAUAAAUCAUAUAAUAAUAAUAUAUAAUAUAGACAGGGGGGGGGGUCUGGGGGAGGAAGAUCUGCGCCAUCGGUGAGAGACAUCACACUAUAUGAAUAAUAAUAAAUCAUAUAAUAAUAAUAAUAAUAAUAAUAAUGUAGACAGGGGAUUAUAGAAUAUAAUAUAUAUUAUAGGCAGUCAGGGGAUUAUAGAAUAAUAUAUAUAUUAUAAGCAGUCAGGGGAUUAUAGAAUAAUAUAUAUAUUAUAAGCAGUCAGGGGGUUAUAGAAUAAUAUAUAUAUUAUAGACAGACAGAGGAUUAUAGAAUAAUAUAUAUAUUAUAGACAGUCAGGGGAUUAUAGAAUAAUAUAUAUAUUAUAGACAGUCAGGGGAUUAUAGAAUAAUAUAUAUAUUAUAAGCAGUCAGGGGAUUAUAGAAUAAUAUAUAUAUUAUAGACAGACAGAGGAUUAUAGAAUAAUAUAUAUAUUAUAGACAGUCAGGGGAUUAUAGAAUAAUAUAUAUAUUAUAAGCAGUCAGGGGAUUAUAGAAUAAUAUAUAUAUUAUAGACAGUCAGGGGAUUAUAGAAUAAUAUAUAUAUUAUAAGCAGUCAGGGGAUUAUAGAAUAAUAUAUAUAUUAUAGACAGUCAGGGGAUUAUAGAAUAAUAUAUAUAUUAUAAGCAGUCAGGGGAUUAUAGAAUAAUAUAUAUAUUAUAGACAGUCAGGGGAUUAUAGAAUAUAAUAUAUAUUAUAGGCAGUCAGGGGGUUAUAGAAUAAUAUAUAUAUUAUAGACAGUCAGGGGAUUAUAGAAUGAUAUAUAUAUUAUAGGCAGUCAGGGGGUUAUAGAAUAAUAUAUAUAUUAUAGACAGUCAGGGGGGUUAUAGAAUAAUAUAUAUAUUAUAGACAGUCAGGGGGUUAUAGAAUAAUAUAUAUAUAUAUUAUAGGCAGUCAGGGGGUUAUAGAAUAAUAUAUAUAUAUAUAUUAUAGGCAGUCAGGGGGUUAUAGAAUAAUAUAUAUAUAUAUAUAUAUAUAUAUAUAUAUAUAUUAUAGGCAGUCAGGGGGUUAUAGAAUAAUAUAUAUAUAUAUUAUAGACAGUCAGGGGGUUAUAGAAUAAUAUAUAUAUUUAUAUUAAAUAGACAGAAGGUAUAUAGCUCCAGGCAUGGGAUUUCUAGACCAUAUUUAUAUAUAGCUAUAUAUUGUCCAGAAAGGGGAUUUGGCGGUUAUAUUUAUAUAUCUGUAAAUAUUUUAAACAGGCACAGGGGAAUCCUAUAACUCCAGGUAUGGGAUAUAUAUUAUAUGUAGAGGUCAGGGGGCUCCUAUAGCUCCAGGCAUGGGAUAUAUAUUCUAUGUAGAGGUUAGGGGACUCCUAUAGCUCCAGGCAUGGGAUAUAUAUUAUAUGUAGAGGUCAGGGGGCUCCUAUAGCGCCAGGUAUGGGAUAUAUAUUAUUUGUAGAGGUCAGGGGAUCCUAUAGCUCCAGGUAUGGGAUAUAUAUUAUAUGUAGAGGUCAGGGGGCUCCUAUAGCGCCAGGUAUGGGAUAUAUAUUAUAUGUAGAGGUUAGGGGGCUCCUAUAGCGCCAGGUAUGGGAUAUAUAUUAUAUGUAGAGGUCAGGGGAUCCUAUAGCGCCAGGUAUGGGAUAUAUAUUAUAUGUAGAGGUCAGGGGGCUCCUAUAGCGCCAGGUAUGGGAUAUAUAUUAUAUGUAGAGGUCAGGGGGCUCCUAUAGCUCCAGGCAUGGGAUAUAUAUUAUAUGUAGAGGUCAGGGGGCUCCUAUAGCGCCAGGUAUGGGAUAUAUAUUAUAUGUAGAGGUCAGGGGAUCCUAUAGCUCCAGGUAUGGGAUAUAUAUUAUAUGUAGAGGUCAGGGGGCUGCUAUAGCGCCAGGUAUGGGAUAUAUAUUAUAUGUAGAGGUCAGGGGGCUCCUAUAGCUCCAGGUAUGGGAUAUAUAUUAUAUGUAGAGGUCAGGGGGCUCCUAUAGCUCCAGGUAUGGGAUAUAUAUUAUAUGUAGAGGUCAGGGGACUCCUAUAGCUCAAGGCAUGGGAUAUAUAUUAUAUGUAGAGGUCAGGGUCUCCUAUAGCUCCAGGCAUGGGAUAUAUAUUAUAUGUAGAGGUCAGGGUCUCCUAUAGCUCCAGGUAUGGGAUAUAUAUUAUAUGUAGAGGUCAGGGUCUCCUAUAGCUCCAGGUAUGGGAUAUAUAUUAUAUGUAGAGGUCAGGGGACUCCUAUAGCUCAAGGCAUGGGAUAUAUAUUAUAUGUAGAGGUCAGGGUCUCCUAUAGCUCCAGGCAUGGGAUAUAUAUUAUAUGUAGAGGUCAGGGUCUCCUAUAGCUCCAGGUAUGGGAUAUAUAUUAAAUGUAGAGGUUAGGGGCUCCUAUAGCUCCAGGCAUGGGAUAUAUAUUAUAUGUAGAGGUCAGGGUCUCCUAUAGCUCCAGGCAUGGGAUAUUUAUUAUAUGUAGAGGUUAGGGGACUCCUAUAGCUCCAGGCAUGUGAUAUAUACUAUAUUUUGAGGCCCAGGGGAUCCCUAUAGCAACAGACAGGCUAUAUAGAUAAUAAAAACAUGUAAAUAUAUCUAUACUUUUCCUCCAGGUUCAGGAUACCCUCAAAGCUCCAGAUAUAGGAGAUAUAGUUUUUAUAUAGUCCUCUAAAUAUGGCUUUAUACAGUGAACACAGGUUCAGGUGACCCCUGUAGCUCCAGACAUUGAACAUAUACAUAUAUUUUUACUAAAGUUGCAAUUCAAAGUGAAUUUUAAAUUUAAAGGAACACUUUAGCGUUAGGAAUACAAACCUGUCCCUAUCGGAAGUAUUAAAAUUAAUAAAAUAACAGGAGCAUUGCACCAACACCAGUUAAUUGAGAUUUGGUGACUUUAGUAGUCCUUUAAGGCGUGUGCAGCCAAGCAGAAAUCAUAACUGACAUGGAAUUAUUUUAAAUGUUCGGCUAUUUUGACCUUGCAUUUGGAAUUCACUUUGAGUUCACACUUUAAUAAAUAACUAUAUUAUAUUGACCGGUAAAUAUAGCUCUACACUGUACACAGGCUCAGAGACUCCUAUAGCACCAGGCAUGGGAUACAUACUGUAGGUUAUAUAUCUGUGUAAACAUAGCUCUGCACUGUACACAGGCUCAGGGGACCCCUGUAACUCCAUGAAUGGGAUAUAUAGGUUAUAUAUCUGUGUAAACAUAGCUCUGCACUGUACAUAGGCUCAGGGGACCCCUGUAACUCCAUGAAUGGGAUAUAUAGGUUAUAUAUCUGUGUAAACAUAGCUCUGCACUGUACAUAGGCUCAGGGCAUGGGAUAUAUAUUAUAUAUGUAUUAUAUAUGGGGGGUAUUAUAUAUGUACCCAUUGUAACUCCAUGAAUGGGAUAUAUAGGUUAUAUAUCUGUGUAAACAUAGCUCUGCACUGUACAUAGGCUAAGGGGACCCCUGUAACUCCAUGAUUGGGAUAAAUAGGUUAUAUAGAAGUGUAAACAUAGCUCUGCACUGUACAUACGCUCAGGGGACCCCUGUAACUCUAUGAUUGGGAUAUAUAGGUUAUAUAGAAGUGUAAACAUAGCUCUGCACUGUACAUACGCUCAGGGGAUCCCUGUAACUCUAUGAUUGGGAUAUAUAGGUUAUAUAGAAGUGUAAACAUAGCUCUACACUGUACAUACACUCAGUGGAUCCCUGUAACUCCAUGAUUGGGAUAUAUAGGUUAUAUAUCUGUGUAAACAUAGCUCUGCACUGUACAUACGCUCAGGGGAUCCCUGUAACUCUAUGAUUGGGAUAUAUAGGUUAUAUAGAAGUGUAAACAUAGCUCUGCACUGUACAUACGCUCAGGGGAUCCCUGUAACUCCAUGAUUGGGAUAUAUAGGUUAUAUAUCUGUGUUAACAUAGCUCUGCACUGUACACGGGCCCAGGGGACCCCUGUAACUCCAUGAUUGGGAUAUAUAGAAGUGUAAACAUAGCUCUGCACUGUACACGGGCCCAGGGGAUCCCUGUAACUCCAUUAUUGGGAUAUAUAGGUUAUAUAGAAGUGGAAACAUAGCUCUGCUCUGUACACAGGCACAAAGGACCCCCCCCAGCUCCAGACAUAAAAUAUAUAGGUUUUAUAGAUGCCCACCCUAGUCUGGGAUUCAUACCUCCCAAUGUUGAGUUGCAGUAAUAUCUCCCUGAAUGCGUAGCAUGGUUCACUUUGUCUUAUGGGCAAGCUUGUAGCUGACAAAAGGUGGAGCAGUGGCAUGCAGUCGUCAACUACUAUAGUCCUCACUAUUGACAGUUGUUGAAAGGGGCUCCUUGUCAUGUGUUGCGAGAUUUGGUCUAUAGAGGAUCUUGGGAUAUAGUUUCCUUUAGCUUUGCCUCUGGGUAUGUGCACAUGGAGUAACGGAUGUCUCCUUGAGGGUGUUUGUAAAAUAUGAGAGCUGGUUUAAGACACUGUUUCUUACAUUGUGAUACUGGAUACUUGUGUGUUUGCCCACCGGUUUUUCAAAUAUUGAUGACUGUUUGAAAACCCAACAAGGUUAUUCCCUAAAGUGGGUUUUGUUGAGAACUGACCAGGAAAUUGUAAAUUUUAGGCCAAAAGAUAGCAAAACGAGUACAUUUUCCAAGUUCCAUUAGUUUGGCUUGAAAUGUGCAAUAUCUUGUACAAUUUCUGACAGUCCCAAGUUCAGUGUCAAAGGUACCACUAUAGGGGUCUUCCUACAUAUAUAAUGAUGGUUGAUUAUAGGACAGUGCUGCCUCUACAUACCAGGUAGAACACUGGUUAUCCCUUUUUAUUUUGUGGAAUUUUCUUUAGUCUCUGUAGAUCUAACACAGUUGGUGGGAAUAUUUCGUAAUGUUACAUGAUGUGCCAUUUUGUUCAGCAUUGACCAUCUUUGCAUUCUUUUCCAGGUGUUCAUUGCUCCAGGUAUAUUACCACCCAUGGCCUUGCCCUAAACUGCAACACAGAUCUUUCAUGGUUUGAUCACAUCGUUCCCUGUGGAAUCGUUGGGAAAGGAGUCACUUCUUUGACUCAGGAGCUGGGGAGGAAUGUCACAGUUGAAGAGACAAUCCCACCAUUUCUAGAAGCCUUUCAGGAAGAAUUUAAAUGCACUUUAGUUUUAGAAGACCAAUCAGAACAGAUGGUCACAAAUAAUAUCUUAAAUAUGUGAUUUUUCUUUCCCUGCUCAAUUUUAUUGGUUUUAUGUCAAGUUGCGGUGGGAGACGACAUGAAACAGUUUGUUGUGCGUGUAAACAAAGAGCAAAUAGUAUCUUACGUGUAGACCACCUUAUUGUGGUUGUACCCAUUACUUGAACAAUAUAUUGUUAGGAAAAUACAAGUUUCAGUACUAUGACUACUAAGAUGUCUGUUAACUAAGGCUGUGCAGAAAGUUCCCAAAAAGUCAACAGGGGACAAUUUUUCCAAUUUCCGUAAAGCCUUUGUAGUCCAUUCUGUUUUACAUUUAAUGACUAACAGUGGCAUGCUUACAAUAUUCAGAUAAAAUACUAUAAAUGGUAGGGAAAUCACAUAAAAUGUUAUUCAUUUCGCCCAUGUUUCUAUUAAUUUAAUAAUUUCAGUUAAUAACUGCCGCAUGGACUGCAGAGGGUUAACAGAGUUUGGUGAAAGACGUGACUGUUUUGCUUGUAUUAACAUGCUAUUAUUCUACCCUCUCGUUGGCACCACGUUUUCCAUUUGUGCAAAUCCAUGCUUUGUAAUGUGUAUUCAUUGUUCUAUAACUGUUUGCUUUUUAUGAAGACAUUUAUGCAACAGUCACUGAGUGGCAAAAAAGUACUCUGAAUUUUGACGUUUGGCUUUUAGUUUACCACAUUUCACUUAGGGCUAUUCAACUGCAGAGUAAAAGUCAUAAGCGCCAAAGUGGAAACGUUUUCUAAAUUUCUAACUCACCGACAUUGAGGAAAUAAUGUUGAAUUGGGGCACAUGGUUAUCCAGCAAUACUGAAUAUGAACACUAGGGGUCAGACAAUUGGGGAUAACGAAAAAUCAAAAGCUAAUUAUACCACAAGCUGCUAUACCCGAUCAUUAGUUUUAUUAUUAUGCAAAUAAGUAAAAAGAUACAUUGUUACUGACUUGUAAUAACAUAUCUAGUAUCUGAAUUAUGUUGGGAGCUUCUUAAUCUAUUAAAAUGGGUGGAACUACAGUUCCAUUGAUGCUUUGUCACGAUUAUGGGAUGGCCGCUACAUGUACCAAAAAGACUAGUGUCACAAACUCUUUAAGUGUCAUGAACUAAGGUCACAUUCAUUUACCAAAUAGCCAAAUAGAGGUUGGUAUCCAGCUAUGUUAUUUCUAGUACCUGUUAAUUCUCAGUUGGAUUAACCUGUUAUCCUCAAUGUUAAUUGCCACAGGGAUCGAAACAAGGUAAAUUAAUUACGUACCAAUUAACUUGGAAAUUAUAACUGUAGCGGAGCUCCCUGUACCGUGGCUGGAUACCUCUGCCAAGGAUCGCUUCCUAGCUGCAACCGGGGAAACCUCAGCGUGUCUGCCUCAGUCACCGUGGUUUGACUGCCGUUCUCUUGGAGCCUCUCCGUCCUGGAACAGGAUAGGGGGAUAGCGCUAUUCCCUCCCAGUGACUGGAUGACACAAAGCCCGGGGAGCUCUAGUCCUUACAAGGACUUUCCCCGCCGAAUCCUUCACAAGCUGGAACAAGUUGCUGAGCAGUGAUUAGCCCUCUCCCUCCCAGUAACUAGACGACACAUUACAAUGUACAAUUGGUUUUAAUGAGCCCAAUUCUGUCUUUUAUGCACAGACCCUAGCAGGGGGUCUCCAUUGUAUUCAACACAAGCCCCUCCCAGGAAUCUCUGGGCCUGGGAGAUAAUUGCGUUAAAGACCGGUAAGCUUAUUGUCUCAAAACCCAAACCAUAAUAAAAGCAUACAUUAACCCCAUAUGUUAUACAUCCCCAAAUAGCUGUGAUCUGAGCGCCCAAGUUCUCCAAAUAGCAUUUAGAUCUAUACAGGGUAGGGGAAACACAACCGUGUUAAAGAUCUGACCAGGCACACACGUGGUCCUAGGCCCAAAAUAGUUCCAGGAUGUUGGGUGCUUUUGCCAGUCAACUUCCUGCAACCGGAAUAUGGUGUGCUCCGCCUGGCUCUCAGCGUUUGUUCCCAUUAGUCUCAGGCACCUUUCCUCCAAAAAGCGCUCUCCUGGCGGGUUGCAAGUGGUUCAAAAUCCUGGACCAAAUGGCUGGGAAACUGCACGGACACCUCACGCUUUAAACAGUUCCAUAACAAUCACGGCAAAGUCCUGCGGAGUUGACUGGGGACCCACAAAGUCCUCAUACCAAAAUUAAUUCCAUAGCGGUCGCGGCUAAGUAUCGCUGAGAACCAUUUGUGGGUUUGGUUCAUGUGAAUGGUCGCCAGAGAGCUAGCGUUCAGUUCCAUUUGUGAGAAGGGAAAGUACCAAACCAGGGACACCCAGGGAAAGCUGCUAAUGGUGGCUGGGCAUGGUUACUCCCAAACGGUGUCUCAGAGCUGGACCAUUGUCAGCCGGCAGGAGGCCGGCUUCCACACUCCUCCAGGAGUCCGUGGCAAACAUUCAUGGGAAGGAGUGUUUGUCACAAUAACAUUUAGACCUUGUCAAUUACGAUUUGUAUUUUAUAAAAAAAAAAAAUUGUGUUUAUAUUUGUAUUCUAUCUCCUUUAAUAAACACUAUAUCAUUAGGCUACCUGUAGGUCUCCCUGCUGUGUGAGCGUUUCAAAGGUCACCUUUAAGCCAUGUUGUUCUCCACGCUGCCACUCCGCAUUUUUGGAUGAGAUCAGUUUAGAUUAUCAAAGCUGGUUCCAAUCUAGUGCCAAUACGCGGCAAAAUGCUGUACUGUGCCAAUCAAAUGGUCUCCGUGAGACCAUUUGAUUGAAACAGCCGAGUUUAACUUGGGUGUAAGCAACUCUAGUGGCUGUAAGUGUGACAGCCACUAGAUGCAUGUUAACCCUUCAAUGUAAACAUUACUGUUCCUUCAAAACGGCAAUGUUUCAUUUUGCAGGGUUAAAACUACAAGGACAUGGCACCCAGACCACUUCACCAGGUGCCUAUUAACCACCUUUUAACCACUGUGGAUGCAAAUUGGUGAUUAUUUAAAUUUAAAUUGGAUUUCUUUUAAUAAAAUACAUCUGGAUGAGAAAUCUUUU